AUGUAAAUAAAAGAAUAUUAUGGUAAUAUUAUAUUCAAUAUAUUGUCUUAAAUGGUAGAAAUUAUAGAAGAAAAAAGAAAAGAUUUAAAUAGUAUGAAAAUUUAUAUAAAUUAAGAAAUAAUUACAGAUUAUAAAGAUCAAGCUUAGAAUUAUAAGAAAUUAAUUUUAAUGUAAAAAUAAAGAUAAUAUAUAUUAAAAAUAAAAUAAAGAUUAAAUGAUAUAAAUUAUAAUAAAUAAUAAUAAUAAUAAUAAUAAUAAAUAAUAAUAAUAAUAAUAAUAAUACUUUAUAAAGUUAUAAACGUAUUUUAAAAUAAUAAUUUAAAUAUAUAUGCUAUAUUUAUUCAAAUAAAAACAUUUCUAGCAUCAGACUAAGUAUAAUAAAUUCUUAUAAAAUAUAGAAGUUUAAACAGUUAAUAACAAUAAAACAAUGAAAGCUUAUAUACAUUAUUAUAAACAAAUAAUUUAUAUAAUUCUUUAAAUCAUUUAAAGUAUGAAACAAAAGCAAAAUUAAGUUAUAAUUUUAACUUUAAUAUUUAUUUUUUAAAAAAUAGUUCAUAAAAUAACAAAUAAAGUACAAUAAUUUAACCAUAAUUAAAUACAAGUAAAAAAAUAUAUAAUAUUUACAAUUACACAUAUUUAUUAAAAGGAAUCGAAUAUAUAAUCGAAACAUAUUAAAACAACUAAAAAUAUGAAGGCUAGAAAUUAAAUGGAAUGCGCCAUGGUAAAGGUAAAUUUUCUUAUUAAGAUGGAGGUUAUUAUAAUGGCGAAUGGUUUGAAAAUAAAAUGCAUGGAAAAGGUACUUUAUAUUACGCAAGUGGAAAUCCUGCAUAUGAAGGAGAUUGGAUAGAAGAUAAAUUCGAAGGAUAUGGUAUUCUAUACAAUGAGAACCCUUUAAAUUUAGAUUAAUAAUUAUUCGAAUACAAGAAUUUAGAUAAUGUAGAUGAGUAUUGGAUAAAAUACGAUGGAUAAUUUAAAGAUGAUAAUAAGGAAGGAUUUGGGACUUUAUUUUUAAGUAACGGGGAGAAGUUUUGUGGUUUAUUUUAAAGAGAUAAUGCCAAUGGUACUGGAAGCUUUUUUUGUAAAGAUGGUAAUAUUAUUAAUGGAAAAUGGGAUUAAAAUAAAUUAAUGUGA